CCGACAGCAUGAGUUUAGCGAUCCUUUAUUUCGUAUUUGUGGUUCCAGCAUCGGUACAUGCCAUUUGGUUUCCCCGCAUUACCCCAACUCCUUCAUUUUCAACACCAGCUCCCCCAAAUGAACCAUGUGGACUUGCACCAGAAACAGGACGAUGCAAAGCUCUCAAACCCAUGUAUUAUUUCGAUGCCAGUGUCGACAUGUGUAAAUCGUUCAAUUAUGGUGGUUGUGGUGGCAAUGCCAACAAAUUUGAAACUAAAGGUCUAUGUGAAUAUGUCUGCAAAGAACACAGCUGUUUGAAACUUGGCUGUUACAGGAAAGCAUGUACAACUCAAACCUGUCCUAACCAUCCUAAAGCGAUUUGCUUCGCCGUUUGUGAAUGCUGGUCCGUGUGGAUUCUCGAUGGAGAAGACGUUUCAAAUACAUGUUACAGUAACAGCAGCUAGACUGCCCUAAAUGUAAUAAAGACAUA